AUGCAUCGACCGCGGUACUCCGACUGGGUCGUAUGUCUUGCGUGCAGCUCGACGUCUGCCUUGGACAUCGCCUAUCCGAUCUUCUGCAACCGAGGAGAUACUGUUCUGACUGAGUGCUAUACCGCCGUGGAAGGAGCAGGUCUGCAGGGCAUCCGAGUGCAGGGAGUGGCCAUGGAUGCAGAAGGACUGCGCCCGGAUGCCUUGGACGAGAUAUUACGAAUAUGGGACACCUCGGCUUCCUCCAAGCCCCGUGUCUUGUACACGAUCCCCACCGGGCAAAACCAGACCGGGAUUGCGGAAACGCACGACCUGAUUGUCAUCGAAGAUGACCCAUAUCACUUUCUGCGUCUGGGCAUGCAGUUUGACGACGAGCUCAAUGGGCAGGGCAAUGGAGGUGAUAGCGUGCUCACCGCCAUCGACAGGUUUCAGGCGCAAGCAGUCCCAUCCUAUCUCUCGAUCGAUCGAUCUGGUCGCGUUGUCCGCUUAGAUUCAACAUCCAAGAUCCUGGCCCCUGGUCUUCGUGCCGGGUGGGUGACUGCCUCAUCGCAGGUCAUUCGCAAAUUUGUGGCCUACCAGGAGGUCUCGACGGUGGGAAUCAAUGGGCCGACUCAGCUCAUGCUUUGGAAGUUGCUCGAUGAGACGUGGGGUCACGAAGGCUUUUUGUUGUGGUUGUCGAAUCUCUCACGGCAGUACCAGUUACGUCGUGAUAUGCUGUUGCGGGCUUGUGAAAAGUAUCUUCCUCGCGGACUUGUGUCCUGGAAUUGUCCCCAGUAUGGGAUGUUUCUCUGGCUGCAGCUCGUUUAUCGCCAGCAUCCCUUGCUUCGCCACCAGACGACAAUCGACUUCAAUGUGAAGGCUUUUCCGGCCGAAAAGGAAAUUCGGAUCGUGUCGAGGGCUCUGGAACAUGGAGUGCAGGUUACGAAAGUGUCAUUGUUCUCUCCUAGCCCGAAGCGCCAGGGUAUGUUCUACAUCCGAUCGACGUCUGCGGCUGCACUGGCGAAGGAUUUGAGCGCAGGUAUCAAGCUUUUGUCAGAUGUAUAGCGGGAGGAGUUUGCCUUGGAAGCCCACAUGGUGUAGCAAUAACGUGGAACCGGCCUGGGUCCUUCAUUCUACUUUUAAUCGAUGGUAGAAAGCUAGGUAUGUUUGGCACUUGACCGAAUUGGAACAUCGAAAUUCUAUUCUAUCGAUUGGGGACGGGCUGCUUGUUUAUAAGUUAUAUAUGGCUGGUGCACGCAUAUGAGCAUUAGAUCCUUUCGGGGUGGAUCACGAUUUGCGAAGACCAAGGCAAAGCUGGGUCGCUUACACUAUAACGUCCCUUCAUUCUGUUUCAACCACUCGCUCAACUUCUGCGCGGCGUUGAAUCGAUGAGACAGUCCAU